AAAUGCCUGAAUAAUUUAACUUAGCGCCCUAGAAAAAAACACGCAGAGAGAGAGAGAGAGAGAGGGCGAUUCAAAAUUUAAAGCUUUCGGGCGAGUCGUUCGACUUCCGUUUCUCGAUCUGGAUUUUCCACCCAAAUCCUGCUCCAUUCUGAUCUCGUCAGUCAUUGGAGUUGGAGAUCUCCUCUGGUGGCGAGUGCUGCUUACUCUCCUGCGCUCGCUCUCUCUGUCGGUCGCGCGAGCGCGCACAGCGGCUCUGGCGACAUGGGGAGGUCGCCGACACCUCCUCUUCGUCUUCCUCCUAGCAUUUCCAGUUGGUGCCUUCGCUUUUUGCUCCUCACGGCGGUAACCGCCGCCGAUGCCCAGGCGCCUUUGUUUCCGCCCCUUGGGGACCAGUCUAAUUUUCCGUCUUCUUCGUCCCUGGCGCCGUCGCCUGUAGUGAUGCAGAUCGUGAUACAGACACGCCAUCACCAUUAUCACAAGGAACUGGUUAUAGCAGUCGUUCUGGCCUCUGCUGCUGUUCUAGCGAUCAUAUUAUCCUCAGUGUGUGCUUGCAUCUUUUGGCGGAGGAGCCGCCGGUACAAUGCAAGAGACCCCGAAAGCUCAGAUGUUGGUGGUGGGCUUCCAUUUGAACUAAUCCUGAGCAAGUUGAAUAACACGAAGACGACGACAAGCAAGAAGGGAUUGCUGCCCUCUGUAGAUUACCCAUCACUAGAGUUAGCGACUAACAAGUUCAGUGAGUCUAAUAUCUUAGGGGAAGGAGGAUUUAGUCAUGUGUACAAAGCUUGGUUCCAUGGUGAAGCUACUGCUGCAGUGAAGAAAUUCGAUGGGGGUAGGUCAGAUUGCAACAAGGAGUUCGAAAAUGAGAUUGAUUUGCUUGGAAGAAUUCGACAUCCUAACAUAGUAUCUCUUUUGGGUUAUUGUGUUCAUGGAGAAACUCGGCUUCUCAUAUUUGAGUUGAUGCAAAAUGGAUCUCUAGAAGCACAACUUCAUGGACCUUCCCAUGGAUCAGCUUUGACCUGGCAUAUUCGAAUGAAAAUUGCACUUGAUAUCGCAAGAGGAUUGGAGUACCUUCAUGAGCACUGUAAUCCACCCAUUAUUCAUAGAGACAUAAAGUCAUCUAAUAUUCUCCUAGAUUCAGAUUUUAAUGCCAAGAUCGCAGAUUUUGGUCUUGCAGUGGUUGAUAGAAAUCUUAGCAAAGGUCAUAUAGAACUUUCAGGCACUCUUGGAUAUGUAGCUCCAGAGUAUCUCCUAGAUGGUAUACUUACUGAGAAGAGUGAUGUCUAUGCAUUUGGAGUAGUGCUCCUGGAGCUUUUGAUGGGAAGAAAACCAGUUGAAAAGACGGCACCACCUCAAUGUCAAUCAAUCGUAACAUGGGCCAUGCCUCAACUUACUGACAGAUCGAAACUUCCAAACAUAGUAGAUCCAGUUAUUCAGAAUACUAUGGAUCUGAAACACUUGUAUCAAGUAGCUGCUGUAGCUGUACUUUGCGUGCAGCAGGAACCUAGCUACAGGCCAUUGAUUACUGAUGUUCUCCACUCCUUCAUUCCUCUCGUGCCGGUAGAGCUUGGUGGUUCACUAAGAGCUGCAGAACCAAUGAGACCUUCAGACCACUGAUUAAGAAGUUUGGACAAGAAUAUUGAUUGAAUGCAGCAAGCCACCUGGUGACAACAUUUGGAGCCACAAAUUUGUGCAGCUCUUCUCCCAAGUUCAGGUGGCUCUGCUUACCUGCAAAAUGGUGUGCAUUCUUUAACUUAAUUAUCGCCGGAGAGUUUCGAGGGUAACUAACUCAAGAGGAGUCUUUCCCUUCAAAUAUGUUGCCAAACCCAUUUCAGAUUUUUCUCCUUCACUCAGAUAUAAACUGGUGCUUGUAUACAUUUGUAAGGUACUUGGACAUGGAUCCUUUUGAAAAAUUUAGAUGAUGUCCAAGUUGUUCAUCACACUUCAUAAUCUUACUUGUGAUAAUCUCAAGUGAUAAGAUAAGAUAAAUUUAUGU